GUGAGGGAGCGCGCACCUCACCGCCAUCUGUCCACAGAGGGGGACCCUUACCACCCCUCCCCAAAAUACGCCUGCAACCUCAAAAAAACACUGAAUUCUGUUUUUUAUCCUUCCGCUGACGAGAAUCUAUUCAUAAAGCAGUCACUUCGAUAAUCCAGCGCUGCUCCAGCAUCACCUUUACAGCGACGCCCAUAGCAACUCCUCUGCGCAUCCUCAAUCUGCUUCUCUGACCCAGCAACACCGGCCGCCUUCCACCAAGCCAACAACCAGCCGCUUUUCAGCGACCUUCCAGACGCUGCAUCCAUUUCAUUUCGGCGUGGUUUUUCUUUUUAUCGCAAGGGACCAUGAACGCGCUGUGUGCAGUCAUUCUCUCAUCAGUCGAAGCCACUUCUCAUUGCGAAAGGCCUUCCUCCAGCUGAAACACUGAGGGAUCCUCCUCUUUUGAAGUCACCUAUAAGUUCUAGCCUAUCAAGGAACUGGCAGCGGCACGGGAGCUCCGCCCACCACACCCUCUAAAUGAGGGACAAGGCCACUCAGACCCCUAGGGCCUGGGUAGAUGAGCGGAGGAGAGGCUCUCAUAAGCGAUCGGCUUCCUGUGGCAGUACAGACCAGCUGAAGGAGAUUGCAAAACUACGGCAACAGCUUCAACGCAGCAAACGCAGCAGUCGCCAUCGCCGGGACAAAGAUCGCAAGUCACCCUUUAACGGCAACCAUGCAAUCAUCCAGUCACAGUCUCAGAUGCCUAAAACCAUCCUGAUUCCCAUCCCCAUCACCAAAUCCACACCUCCCAGAUUUCGGAACAGCAUAGAGGGGCUCAACCAGGAGAUUGAGCGAAUCAUCAUACGAGACACUGUGGAACGAGAUGAGGUCAUAAUACCACAGGAUGUUCCUGACGGGCACCGCGCGCCCCCUCCCCUCCCCCAGCGCAGCAGCAGCACACGCAGUAUCGACACACAGACGCCCUCCAACGGUGGUCUGAGCAGUAACCGUAGCAACAGCAGCAGCCGAGCCGACUCCGUCUCUCCCUCAUACCUCAGCAUCCUCAAUGACACAGUCGGAAACAGUCCACUUGAUGACACACUCAAUGAGAGCAAAGAAAGAGACCUGGGACCUUGGUCUCCUCUGCCAAAAUAUGCUUCAUCUCCAAAGCCCAACAACAGCUACAUGUUCAAGCGUGAGCCUCCGGAAGGCUGUGAAAGAGUUAAAGUUUUCGAGGAAAACCAGCCAAGGCCUCUCCAAGAGAUUCCUCCAUAUCUCUGCCCAGACAGAAACAAGGUGAACUUCAUACCCAAAAGCGGCUCUGCCUUCUGCCUGGUGAGCAUCCUGAAGCCUCUGCUCCCCACCCAGGAGCUGACCUUCCGAAGCGGGGUGAGCUACCGCAGCAUCUCCCCCUCCCUGGUGCCUCUGGCUGGGGUCGGAGUAAGAAGCCUAUCCCCCUCCAUGGGCCCCGUCCUGUCCCGUGGACGUCAGUCACCAUGCCUCCCACGACACCUUGAGGAGCCAGAGGGAUGAAACAGUACCAACUUCAGCUGAUGAACAGAGAUGUCAUUUUACCCACACACACCUCCCGUGUCGUCUGAUAAGAGUCAGAGCUUUGUUAGGAUUUUAUUUAAGAAGAUGUUCUGAGAAAUCCAUCUAAAACUUGAACAUGAAGGUUUUUUUUGCUGUUAUUUAAAAGGUACUACGUGUUUUACAAAGUGGAUCACAGAGGAGGCUUUUCAGGAUGGUGGAUGUAAAUAGAUUUUUAGUACUGCACUGCUUUUUACUUUCUCAACGAUUAAUUGCAUUUUACCAUGAAGCCUUUGAAUUUUCUUAUGUAUAGAGGCAUCCUUUAACCUACACUAAAGUUUGGAAUAAUGAGGAGCUUUUAAAAACGUUUUCAAUGAUGUCUCUUUUUGCUCACCGAGGCUGCUGACAUUUGAGUAUAAAAAUUAAAUACAGUUAUUGAAACAGUUACAUUGUGGAAUAAUAGUUGAUAAUAGUUACACUUUUUAAAUUUUAAUAUAUUUUAAAAAGUAAAUAGUUUCUCUCAUGGCAAAGCUGAAUAAUAUACUACAAAUUUCUUUUUUUUUAAUUUUAACUCAUUCAUUAAUUUCUUUCGAACUAGUCUCUGAUUUAUCAGAGGUCACCACAGAGGAAUGAACCACCAACUAUUUUAGCGUAUGUUUUAUGCAGUGGAUGCCCCAACCCAGUACUGGAAUUUUUUUUUAAUUUUAAUAUAUUUUAAAAAUGAUUUUAUAGUAAGUAAGUAGUUAGUAACGUGUAUUUAUAUAGCGCAUUUACUGUGUAUGGCCAUACACCCAAAGCGCUUCACAAUCAUGAGGGGGUCUCUCUACACCACCACCAGUGUGCAGCAUCCACUUGGAUGAUGUGACGGCAGCCACAGGACCACAGCGCCAUUGCACUCACCACACACUAGCUAUUGGUGGAGCGGAGAGACAGUGAUAGACCCAAUUCGGUGGAUGGUGAUGAUUGGGAAGCCAUGAUGGGUAGGGAAAAUAGAAGGAAUUUAGCAAGGACACCGGGGUUACACCCCAACUCUUUACGCGGAGUGCUAUGGAAUUUUUAAUGACCACAGAGAGUCAGGACCUCGGUUUAACGUUUAAAAAUGGAUUCGAAAGUAUUUAUUCCUCGAAUGGCAAAGCUGAAUAAUUUCCUCACUAAUUUACUUGCUGCCUAAUAUUUUGUGGAAAUAUUUUUUAAAAUAGUUACUGUUUAUUUUAGAUUACGAUGCCAUUUUAGGUUAAAUAUGUUUAAAAAUGUAUUUAAAUUAGGAAAAAUAAAGAAAUAAUGUAGGAGUUAUGGCAGCACAUUUGAGAACAGUUUUUUGCAGACCAAUUUUGUAGAAAUUAUGAUCCACAACCAUUUAAAUGUUGGGUUAUGACUUAAAAAGUGGGGUUAAAUAGUAUUUUGUUUAACAGAAAUGCAUUAGACCCAUUUAAAUUCCAAAAAAAAAAAGAAGAAAAUUUUGAGCAGCAAAACACGUUUUUAACAUUAAUUAAUUCAUUAAUUUUCCUUCAGCUUAGUCUCCGCCACAGCCACAGCGGAAUGAGCUAUUCUAGCAUGUGUUUUACACAGUGGAUGCCCUUCCAGCUGCAACCCAGUAUUGAAAACCACACUACCCAGAGAAAACCCAUGCUAACAUUGUUUUCGCAGUUUUCAGUUUUAAUUUAAUUUUUGUUUGUUUUAUGUAGGACAGGGGUGCCCAAGCUCGGUCCUGGAGAGUUUAUCUCCCACUUGCUUCAACACAUCUGCCCGGAAGUUUCUAGUAUAUCUAGUAAGAGCUUGAUUAGCUGGUUCAGGUGUGUUUGAUUAGGGUUAGAGAUAAACUCUCCAGGACACCCAGGGGUUUGGACACCCCUGAUGUAAGACUGUCUGACUGUAUCAAAUACACCACAAAUAACAUUUUAAAAUACAUUUAAAUAGAAAACUUGUAUUAUUAUGUGAAAAUAAAUGUGAGCUUGGGUGAGCAUAAAAAAAAUUCUUGAUUAUUCCACACUUUUGAUCUGUAGUGUAAAUGUGAGUGAUUUGAUUUAGUGGGAAAAUGGAGGUUUUAGGUCAUCCAGUUUUGCUUGCUUAUAGUUUACAUGCAGUUUCAAGUAGUUCUGGAAGAGCAACCAGAAAGGUUGUAGCAGAUUUGAGGAGGACUAACAAAUGUGCCUGACUCCCACCACCUCUCCGUAGGACCCCAUUUGCUUGAAGUCCUUUUUCUAUCAUCGUCCGAGUCUACUUUUGUCUCGCUCUCUUCAAUGUAUAGAACCCUUCCUUCCCCGUAUACUGUAUGUAAACAUGUAUGUGCUUAAUGUGACUUGCCUGUGAAUGAGAGGAAGUUCCUUUAGAUGGUAAACGAACACAGCCUGAAAUGGAGAAGACAUCGAUCAAUUGUACUGGGCAGUAAAUUGUGACUUAAUGCACUAACGCUAAAUUCAAAGAUCUGUUCAGCCGAAAAGUGUCGUUACUGUAAUUUACGGAAGGAUACAGUAAAUACAGUGGAUUUGAUUGAGCUAAUGAUACUGAUUUGAACUGUAGCAUCUUUAUACUGUGAAAUAUGACAUUAUUCUUACCAUAAAGCUUCCUUUCUUCCGAAUAAAGUUAAAGAGUUAGUUCAGAGCAA